AUGAAUAUAUGGGUACAUCUAGCCAUAAGCAUUGUGAGCACGCUCCUAUUGUCUGCAAGCAACUAUCUCGUGCAGGUUCUCGCAGCCCCGAACCGAGAAGAAAUUGACCGAGCGCACACCCACCGUCAAUGGCUGCACAUCACCAUCCCGAACGUACGAAAAUUGCGAUAUAUCCGAAGUGGCCGAGCUAUCAUCUAUAGCUUCCUGUUUCUCUCCCCAGUACUUCUGCAUCUGUUCUUUAAUUUAGUUGUUUUUACAAACCUUCCGGCCAACGAAUACUUUGUCGUAACCACCACAGCCGGUUGUAUCAAUGGAGGCAAAAACAAUUUCGAAAACUUCCGCGGCAUUGAAGGAGAUGGAAACCGAACUCGACUGCCAGGUUUAGAAUCUUAUCGAAUAAAUUUAACCGACACCAUCACCAUAAGGAACGGAAGUAUUAUACGGAAGUAUCAAAAUGCCAGCGUAGAGGAAUGUUUCAACAAAUAUAACAGUCACUACGUUUCAGACGUUGGGAAUGUCUAUCUAGUUCAAGACCAACCUGCAGUAGUUCGAAAUUCUACAGGAUGGCUACUUUUCCGACACAAAGGAGGGGCCUUUGAAUGGGUACACGCCGAUGCCGAAAACGAGUUCGACUUACCUCGUGAUAGAGCUAAGUGGAAACCAUAUGGGGGUGAACUAGAAUAUUGCCUCAUCGGGCGAGUCGGUGAGGUCGGCAAACUAGAAUUUAGCUUUUGCAUCACAAUCAUUAUAAUAUCAGCGAACUUGGCCAAGAUCGUUUGUAUCACCUUCACAGCAUUCAAAUUUCGAGACCAUACAGCGCUCGUCACCAUAGGAGACGCCAUUGCUAGUUUUCUAGACAGCCCAGAUCUCACUACGCACGGCCGAUACACUACCGUGGUUUUCCUCGGCAGCUUCGUCAUUAAAGGCGCGAUGGAAGGCAUGCUAACGAACCCAAAGAAACUCUGGCAAACAGGUAUGGGCGACAUCCAAGGCAACAAUCUCCUCAACAUGCUAUUAUCACUUCUAGGUGGUGUCUUUUUCUCGAACACGCCGCAGGUUUUGCUAUCGUACAUAUAUCUCGCCUUUAAUGCUCUUUAUUCGAAGAUGUUUGUUGUGGCUGAGUGGGCAAGCUACAGUGUUGAACGCAAGCCACUCCGAGUCACAUCACCAACCGGCCAACAACGUUCUACCUAUUGGCUUGGUAUACCAUUUCGGUACGCGGUGCCAGUGACUGUACUAUCUGGUCUUUUCCACUGGUUAGCCUCGCAAAGUUUGUUUAAAAUUUCCACUUGCGGCUACCCGCUAGUCGCAAUCAUCGCCACUUUCGUAGUUGUGAGCAUUAUUGCAGGAGGAGGUAUAAUUAGCGGAAAUUUUACUCUCCCAUCUGGCAUGCCAUUAGUGGGCAGCAAUUCUGCGGCUAUCAGCGCAGCUUGUCAUCCACCCUCUGGAGACAUCUAUGCAAGCCAGCUUCCGAUACAAUGGGGUGCUGUCACGCAUUUUGGUGAGAUGGAUGGAGGCGGAGAAGAGUUCGGACAUUGUUGCUUUACGAGCCUUCCAGUUGAGUCUCCAGUAGAUGGACAUUUGUAUAAAUGA